AUGCGCAAGUUCCUUGUCGUCGAACUCUUUGGCGUGCGCCACGUCAAGGCCGCGUGGCACGCACGCCAGUACCAGGUGGAGAAACUGAUGAGCACCUUGAGCGGCUUGGCCGGAGAGCCGGUACCGCUCAAGGAGCACAUCUUCAGCCUCGCCGACGGCAUCAUCGGCAUGCUUGGGUUUGGCGACAUGUACAACAGCGACAAGUUCCCACACCACAAGAACUUGGAGCACGUGCUCGAGGAGGCCACACACGUACAGGCCAGCUUCUCCACCGGGGACUACUUCCCCAACAUCAUUGGACGCCUAGUCGACCGAAUCACCGGCCUCACCGCUCGUCGUGAGAGGAUCUUCAAGCAGCUCGAUAUCAUCUACGAGAUCAUCAUUGAGCAGCAUCUUGACCCUCGGCGCGUCAAGCCUCACAAUGGUGACCUCGUCGACCGCCUCAUCAGCCUCUGGAAGGAUAACCGUGGCACCUUCAACAUCACAAGAGACUACGUCAAGGGCAUAAUCUUUGGCACCUUCAUUGGUGGAUCGGACACGGCCUCGGUGACGAUCCUAUGGGCGAUUGCAGAGCUGAUCCGGAAACCACCCCUGUUGAAGAAAGUGCAAGAUGAGAUCAGGGCCGUGGUGGGCAGCAAUGAGAGGGUGCAACCGGAUGUCCUGGCCAGGCUGGGCUACCUCAAGAUGGUGGUGAAGGAGACCCUACGCCUGCACCCGCCAGCGGCGAUGUUGCUGCCAAGGGAGGCCAUGCGGGACAUCCAAAUUGGCGGCUAUGAUGUGUCGGCCAAGACGCGGAUUUAUGUGAAUGUGUGGGCCAUUGGCAGGGACCCGGCAAGCUGGCCUGAUGAUCCGAAGGAGUUCAAGCCAGAGAGGUUCGAGAAUAGCAAGGUAGACAUCAAGGGCGCACAUUUUGAGCUAACGCCAUUCGGUGCGGGGCGGCGGAUAUGCCCCGCCCUGUCUAUGAGCACGGCCAUCGUGGAGUUCACGCUAGCUAACCUGCUCUACUGCUUUGAGUGGGCGCUCCCAUAG